AUGACUUCUCAACCCCCAUCUACUAAUGUCCUCCCCACCACCAAGGACGGAGGCGUCUUGAUCCACAAGCCGCGGCCGCCCAGACGCCAGAAGCCCGACUAUAGACACAUUCAUCGCUUUUCUCUCCCUUUGAAAGUCCAUCAUCCUCUUCCUCCUUUGAUCCCGCAUAAUCCCCUCUCCAUUAUCAGUGUGUUACUCUCGUACCUCACGUACUUUAUCACGACACCCAAAAAUGAUACCUACUCGGCAUACUUCGAUUCGAAUACCUCGUCGGUCCAUGUCACCGACAAAAAGACAGUCCGGGCGCUGUGGGAGAUGGGCUUCUUUGGAAAAGGAAGUCUAAGUCGAAGUGAGCCAACCUGGCUGGAUCAGGAAAAGAAGCGGAGGGGUCUUCUUGAAGGCGUGACGAGCGAAGAGGUUACUCGUCAACGGAGAGCUGAGCGCAGGGAACUGAAGCUUCAGCGAGCAAGGUCAGAGAAGUUGAUUAUAGAGCAAAGACUUCAGGCGGAAGCUGCUGCACGUGAAGGUCACACUCCAGUCGUUGAGUCUGUGACGCCAGCAUCCCUAGCCAAUGCUACUAAUGGCGUCGCUCUGACUGCAGAGAAGUUUUCUGUGAAAAAGGCUCGAGAGGCCAGGUUUCUUGAGGCGCAACAACUGGCCCGGCGGGAUAGGGAAGCUAAUGGCAAAGCCGUUAACUUUACGACAACGGACGGCAAUGGCUCUGCGCAUGGAUUGAGGGAAGAACCACCUAUCGACGAGGGUGAAGAAAUCACAAUUACCAACGAAGAGCAUCUCCAACUCUCUAACGAGGAAGCAUUGUUCCUUGUGUACGGACUAGGAGCCCUGCACGUCUUUGACCAAGACCGAAAGACUGUGCUGUCUCCUGACUCCUUGCUCAAAUUAUUUUGCCAUCAUUCACACACCCCUCCCCGAGAUCCGUCUCUGGAUUUGAACCCCGACGACCCCUUCCUCGUUUCCUACGUCGUGUACCACCACUUCCGCUCCUUAGGCUGGAUCGUACGUUCCGGCGUUAAAUUCGGAGUCGAUUAUAUCAUCUACAACCGUGGUCCCGUCUUCUCACAUGCCGAGUUCGCAAUCGUUGUUAUUCCAUCCUACGACCACCCUUACUGGUCUGAAACAGAAGAUCGAAAGACAGAGUGUGCCCGGAAACAGGCGCGCAGCUGGUGGUGGCUGCAUUGCGUGAACCGUGUGCAGGCACAAGUGAAAAAGACGCUCGUAGUUUGCUAUGUCGAGAUCCCGCCGCCGUCGCAAGAGCUUGAGCAUGCGUCGUCGGCUGGCAGCAUGGAUAUCGGAGCUUUGCUUACUCGCUAUAGGGUGCGGGAGCUUAUUAUCAGGCGUUGGAUACCGAAUCGCACUCGCGACUGA